AUGAAGUCGGGAAUAGGACUACGCUCACAAUCAUCACAGCAAGCAGCCAACGAGGACGCCCGGCAUAGCCCGGAACUCGAAGGUCACGAAACAAACGAUAGCUCCGACGACAGAUCAGCCACGCAGGCGCGCGGUUCGAAUCGACAUCUCGCUGUGGCUACAUCGAAUGAAAGGACAGGAGCGAGGUACAUGACCCGAGAGCUUGAGCCGCAUGGCGUGCAAGAGACGGAUGAGGUCGAGGAGAUCGAUUCCUCUGAUCUCACUGGGCCGAGUUUGAAUCACGCGCAACUGGGAGUCGAUUGCAAAGGACGGCGUCGCACAGUCAGCUUUAGGGAAAUAGCCAUGGACGACUCGAUCUACGAUGACGUGACUAGAAGUACCGGCUGUCCCCAGCUGUACGGAAAUGGCAGUGUUCUAUCGCAGUCCGCGGACAGCGGUUGUCACGAUCCCAUCCGCGCUAUGCAACGCAUUGCAGAGGGCAGAAUGACUUUGCAAUCUCUUCCGAUCGCAAUGAGAUAUUAUAUCGCGGACUUAAUCGAGAAAAAGCGAUUGUCCGAGACCGCCAGCGGUAAGGAGCAUUCGGGCGGUGGGUAUGGUGACGGCGACAUGCAAGCAAUGAUCGACAACAUCGCUCGUCAGAAUGGCCAAAUAUCGCCCGGGAUCGACAAGCCGACCGAAAGUCCGGGAAAAAUGAGCAAGAUCAAUGGCGAUGGAGACUACCAGAGCGAUCUGGAAGAGUCCGCUGAGGAUAGCUUUGCCGUUGCUCUUGGUCGAAAGUUUGCAGUCGCGCACCAUGGGCAGCUCGAUGUCAAUCGUGGUGUCAUUGCUGACCCUGCUCCGGAUCAACCAGCUCUCGGCCCAAGCGACAAUAGCAGUCACGGACGGCAAAGGCCUCAUAAUGUUGAGGCUUAUCUACGACUAAUGCCUGGUAUGACAAAUGCCUCUAUGAGCCCUCAUCCGAUCAUGCUCGACGCGAAUAGCAGCUGGGGCUUCCAACUUGACGACGUCUAUACCAGUAUGGAGACACAGAACGGUCCGAGUCACGAUUCUUACUUGGCGGAUCUUGCCCGGUUGGUAAAUCGUGGCGUACCAACACCAGGCGAAAUGCAGCAUCUGUCCUCCUAUUGCAACAGAUGGUUCGGCGGGACCACUUCUGAACAUUACAGCUUGGGGAGCAGAUACGAAGAUUGUGCGACGAGUUUCGCACCCCAGGGCUCAGCCAUGGCGUAUCCAAAAAUUGCCCAAGCACACGAGACAGAUGGAAUCAAGCGAUUUUCGAUCAAUGAUGAGACCGGUCCUCAUGCAUGGCCAAAUCGGUAUAGUAGCGCUGGAGACGAGUUUCCCUUGAUUCACCAUGCUGGCUUCAUCACAUUGAAGUGAGUGGCUCCACUGGCGUCAACGCGAUGAGUCAGUGCCGCUUCGAUCUUGGCUUACCUUGAGGGAAACUUGUGGGUUGUGUAGUAUCACCAUUGCCAUCUGAUACCUCGCAAAGAGUACAGAAUGGUACUGUCGAUGCAUCGGGCACUGCGAAAACACAGCCACCUUGACAGUACCACGUCCAGACCAGCGAGGCAUAUACUUGGUCAUGGGUCAGCUCCCCGUGUAGCGGCCGAUCGACACAUUAUGAAAUUUAGGUCCUGUAUAAGUAGCACAUCAUUCAAUCCCAGAAAGCUUGUUAGCAUAGUGAGGUAGCGUUGAGUCAUUCCAAACUCAAUAGCAUCAGGUAUUCGAGAAACUAGUACGAUUCAGAGAAGCGGA